UUUACUUCCGCUUUAUAAUAACAUAACCAAGGGGCUACUGAAUAAGCGCUACAUAAUACAUUUCAACAGAAGACAUUUUUGAUGAUGGACGAAGAAAACACAAAAUGGAUGAAGGAAUGGGAAGCAUCAAGUACGCCUGCAUGGGCAAUGAAGGGUAUUAAUCCUUACAUAAAAAAAUAUAAAGAUGACCUGACAAAAGGCAUGAAUUGCUCAAAGCUGUUUUUCCCGAUGUGUGGGGACGUAGCAGACAUGCAUUGGCUCUCUGAACUAGGUCAUGACAUCGUUGGAGUCGAAAUAUCUUCAAUUGCAAUUCAGAAAUUUUUCAACGACAACAAUCUGAAAUAUAUAGUCACACCUUGCGAGAAAUUCAAAGGAAGUUUGUAUACAAGCACAACAGGCAAAAUCCGAAUAUAUUGUGGAGACUUUUUUCUUUUCGGCACGUCUAUAGAAUGUGAUUUUGACGGUAUUUGGGAUCGUGGAUCCUUCAAUAUUUUUGACAAUUGUGACUUGAAAAAAGACAAAAGCAAAUUGAAGAAAGAGUAUAUAAACAUACUGAAAUCUGUAAUGAAACCAGAUUGUCACGUUUUCAUUGAAUUGGUUAUUUUUGACUCGACCACUAAGACAGACGAUAUUCAAAUUUAUUUUGGUGAAGACUAUCUUGUUGAAGACCUAGGCUUGGUUGAGAAAUACGCCCCAGAAUAUGACAGUUUUCCUAUUGAAGGCUUUCAGUUCUUCAGAAUUUCCAAAAAAAAAAUUAAAUUUGUCUGAUUAAUUUAUCUAUCAUGAUUGAAUUUAUAUUUUAACAAAUAUUAUAAGGAAAAUAAAACAACGUAAAAACCGAAGUGAUAUGUUCGAUACUAAAGUAUUAUUUGAUUUAUUAUUCAGUAUAAAAUAAUCAAUUAAAUGGAAAAAAUCCAUCGCUCAUCAUAUAUUUUUGAAAAAAAAUCCCGUUCAAAGCUAUAUGUUAACAAGAAGUUGUACCCGUUGUCGUGCUAAUGACUCCAAAGUCUGUCGAAACCCUGUAUCUUGGCAAUGCACAAGGUCAUGUUUUCUCUGACUGUUAAUGACGUCUUUACACUAAAUCCAUUGGCUGUUCGAUGUGUACUGAUUGCUAUUUUAGUUUUAGAUGCAUGAUUUUUUUUUCAUUAGUUGUUAUUGGCUUUGAACUAGCUGUCAGUAACUGCGAGUACUCUCAGAUCUGUACUUAGUGUAUUUUCGUUGUCGGGAUGUGUUUUUGUUAGAUGUAUUUCUGCUUUGGAUCGAUCUGAUGAGUUAAAUCCUAUUCAACUGAUUUUUAUAGUUUUUUCUUAUGUUGUACUGUUACAUCACUGUCCCGGGUUACGGGGAAAGUUGGCGCGCCUUCAAUCUAGUUUAACCCCGCCACAUUUUGUAUGUACCUGUCCCAAGUCAGGAGCCUGUAAGAUCCUGUAAUUCAGUGAAUGUUGUUUGUUGCUGUAUAUCAUAUUUGUUUUUCGUUCUUUAUUUUGUAUAUAAAUCAGGCCGUUAUUUUUUUCGUUUGAAUUGUUUUACAUUUGUCAUUUCGGGGCCUUUUAUAGCCGACUAUGCGGUAUGUGUUUUAUUCAUUGUCGAAGGCCGUACGACGAACUAUAGUUGUUAAGUUCUGUGUCUUUUGGUCUCAUGUAGAGAGUUGUCUCAUUGGCAAUCAUACUGCAUCAAAAUAUUUGUUAAAGUAACGACGGACAAGGUGAUUGCAAUAUAUAGCUCCAACUUCUAUAGUCACAGAUUGCUCUGAUGUUUGACGGUCUUUGUGUGGCCCCACGAUCCCAGCAAGUCAUAAAAAAGUCACAGGACGUCAGAGUUAUCUUAGGCUACCACUCAAAGGUUUUCCAUUAACCGUCUCGAAAAUGAAUGCCCAAAACAAAAACAUAAAAUAUCUUACCUACUAAAAACAAACAUAAUAAAUAAAUAAACUAUCUAAAUAAACGAUUUUGAUAUUUGGAGAAAGAGAGGGGAUAAACAAAACGAUAUUUGCAUAAUGGUUAAUUUUGAUUCUCAAAAUUUGAGAAACAAUUAAAAAAAUGUUUGCAUAAACGAUUCGGGCUGUCCUGUUUAAGGCAAUAUUAAGCAAAUAUAUGUUUAAGGCUCCCCAAACUUUCAAUAAAAAGUGAAUGGCGCACUAGGUUGAUUCUGAGGGUUGAUUCUCUUCGGAAAUAUUUAGUAUGCCCUUGGCAUAUACAAAUAUUAACGGUCGGUAUGAGCUUAGGGUUUUUUUCAAAUACCGGACGAAUUGGCUGCUUAAAGCAAACUAUUAUUUCGUUAUUUCACUUUCAUUAAUGAUCGAACAACGCAAAAUCAUAUUUUAUCAUUUUUUUUUUAGCUCGUAGCUAAUUUCCUUUUAACCAAUGCAUUUUAGUAUUGGUUCAAGUGUAUUCAUGACCUAAAUUCAAGACAAUAGGGUGAUGGUACACCUUUGUAUAAAUCUAAAAUAUACGAGUCUUUGAUGAAGAGUUAGGACCAAUAUCAUUGGAAUAUUUCUUUCAAUUAGAGAGGGUCUGGAUGGGGUUUACAUAAUAGAGAAUAAUGGGUAAUGAUUACAGAAUAAAUGAAAAAAGGCAAAGAAAAAAAGAAUAGAGAAUAAUGGGCAAAUAAUUAAAGAAUAAAGAAAAAUGACAAAGAAAAAUAAAGAAAAAUGACCAAGAAAAUUAAAGAAUACAAAAAUGAAUGGUCCCCUAUUCAGACCCUCAUAACAGGGUUAAAAUCUAAAAGUUGUCAAGAACAACGUUUAUAUCAUAUACUUGAAACGUUUUUCAACAAUUCAAUAAACCAGAAUGUAGUUCAACACUGCGUGUUGCUGUUGACGACAUUUUAAUACAAUAUUGCAAUUUUUACAUAUUUUUUUGAAAAGAAUUUUUUUUUGGUAAAGAAAGUCCUUCUUUUAUAUCAUUGUAUGAAUACCAACAGUUUUUUUUCUGUUAAAAUUUUGACGAUUUUGAGCUAGCUUCUGGAAUUUAUUACUCGUUUAUUUGUUCAGAAAUAAGCCAUAAUAAUGUAACAACUUAAAAUACACAUAUAAAGAUGCGAUACUUUGAAUUUACAUAAAGAUUGGAAGACUUUUGAAAAUGGCUCUUGUGUGAAAUAAACUCCGAGGGAAAUUGCCCUUCUUCUUUAUUCCAAAUGUUUUAGACUAUAUGGACGUUUAAGUACAUACUGUCUAGAAAUCGGUUUAGAAGAACUGAAAGCCUGAAGUGUAUAAAAAGGGUAGAGAGUGAAGAUAUUAAAUGUUGUUAGAAAUAUUAAUAACAAAAUAUGAACUUUG